AUGGCUUCCAAAAAAGGGGAGGAGGAGAAGGAGGCUGUGAGCAUUGCACUUGAAGCACUGACAAAGGCUAAGAAGAGUAGUAUCAUGGGUUUGGGUUUGAAGGGGAUGGCAUGGGGUGAUUGCAUGAGAUUGUAUGAGGAGAGUGAGGAAAGGUUGAGGAGAGUGGUGGGGACUGGGAGAGAAGGUGGCUGUGAAAGUAGUGAGGAUAUUUUGACAUGGAUUAGUGGGGCAAUGAGUGGGCAUGGGACGUGCAUGGAGGAGUUGAAAGAGAGGAAUGUGUCUCUUGGGGUACUGGUGGAUGGGGAGGAGGACCAUGUUAUGGUUUUGCUACGUAGGGCUCUCGCCAUGCAGGCUACGUCCAGGGCUGCAUGCAGUAGCAUUGGAUCCCAACAGCACCAGAUCAAUGUGUUAAACAACCAGACAGUUGAUGAAACGGUGAAACUUGAACCAUGGAACCCAGAGAGUGAAAAAGCAAGCAUGGUUGUGGCUCAAGAUGGGUCAAGUGACUUCAAGAGCAUCAGUGAAGCAAUCACAGCAGUUUGUAAAUGGCAUGAUAGAGGGAACACAAGAGCAGUAAUUUACAUCAAAUCUGGUGUUUAUUCAGAGUACAUCAACAUUGAUCAUAACAUGAGAAAUAUAAUGCUGGUUGGUGAUGGCAUUGACAAGACUGUCAUCACCGGCGAUCACAACGUCCCCGGUGGCUACACCACCUUCCGAUCUGCCACCUUUAGUGUGUCUGGGGAUGGGUUCUGGGCAAGAGACAUAACAUUUGAGAACACAGCAGGACCAGAGAAACACCAAGCAGUAGCACUAAUGGUGGCCUCAGACAAAGCAGUGUUCCAUAAAUGCAGCUUCAAAGGCUACCAAGACACACUCUAUGUCCACUCUCAAAGACAAUUCUUCAGAGACUGUGAUAUUUAUGGCACCAUAGACUUCAUCUUUGGCAAUGCAGCAACCAUUAUCCAAAACUGCAACAUUUAUGUCAGAAAACCCAUGGACCACCAAACCAACAUGAUAACAGCUCAAGGGAGAGAUAACCAAAACCAAAAUACUGGAAUCUCUGUGCAUGGCUCUAGAGUUUUGCCUGCUGAUGAUUUGAAGCAAGUUAAGGCAAAGUUUAAGAGUUACUUAGGGAGGCCUUGGAAAGAGUAUUCAAGGACUGUGUUUAUGAAGAGUGACCUUGAUGAAAUCAUUGAUCCUGAAGGGUGGGCACCUUGGGAUGGGGAGUUUGGUAUUAAGACUUUGUUUUAUGGGGAGUAUAUGAAUAGUGGAGAUGGGGGUGGCACUGAGAAGAGAGUGAAGUGGCCUGGGUUUCAUGUGCUUGGGAGUGAUGAAGAGGCUGAGCCAUUUACUGUUAGAGGGUUUGUUGAUCAAGGGGAGGGAUGGAUUUCAGAGUCUGGUGUGCCCGUUUGGCCUGGUGUUUAG